AUGUUUCUUUCUCAGACAUCUGGUCCUAAGGUUUAUUAUAAUCCGUUUAUUGAAUGGAAUGACCCUAUUGAUAAUACCAAAUUAUUAUUUAAGUAUGGUGUUGUGGGAUUGAAGAGUAUACUUGAUGACCUAUCCACAUGGUCACAUUUGUACUUAGCUGGACGUUUACAAAAGCCUGUUUUAUGGAUUCCUAAUGACUCGAAAUUAUACUCAUCUGAAGAGCAUAUUGAACAGUUGAAUAUUUCACAAAUAAAAAUCUACUUGCUUCUAUGUCCUAUGCUAUUUUACAAAAUUAUCCGAAAAAUUUUCCAUUGA